UCUCAUUAGCAUUGGGGCUAUCUGACAUGUCUGACUGCAGGGAGCACUGAGACUUCUGUAAACAGCACCAGAGGAGACCGGUGCUGACAGACUUUAAACCAUGGCGACUCGCUUUAUCGUAUCCUGCCGCUUAUUUUACCGACUCAACAGUCUAACUGUAUGCAAACCUGCUCAGAGGUGCAAUGUGAACAUCCAACGUUUGUACUCCAGUGCUACGCAAAAGGAAAACGAACUUCAACUCGGAGACUCGACUUUAUCAGCUCCUAACUUUCCUGCCUCUGUAAAAAGCAGCUCCAGACAGGUAAUACGAACCAACACAUACUGCUGCACAAGUAUCUCUCCAGGCUGAGGUUGCUGUGUAUAUCACAUGCUAAUUUGUUGUGUUUACAGCUGCCCGUACUUAUGCCAUGGUGGUGACAAAGUGUGCCGGUUUAUGAGAAUUUCGGCUGUUUUCUGCGAUCUGAUCAUUUGGUUCAGUUCAUCUAAAAGAGUGUGAUUUCUCAGCUUUAAAUGCUUUUUAAUAAGAUUUAGGAAAAACCCCUGAUCACCAAGAUACUUAGACUAGUCAGAUCUGGACUACCAGAGAGGUAACAGACCUUUUCAAACACAACAUUAGAUUUCUGUAACCUUAGUUAUAUUUGUGGAAAUCCAUAAAAGUAAGUUUUCACAAAUCAUUUGACCAGGUCCUGAUCCACAUCUACUACCAACUGCUACUACAAAGAACUACCAAUAAAGAGUAAAUCUGUUUUUUGCAUUAUGCGUAUUUCUAUGAUUCUAGUUGUCUUACACUAAUGUCACACUGUGAGAAAAGUGGUCUUACAUUUUUACAUACCCCUCUGGCAGCUCACAAUCUUUCUAUAGGUACCAAAUGAUGUUAACAAAAAUGAAUUUUCUCUGUUUUAAAUAUAUGUGCAAACAUGCAAAUUUAGAUUUUAUUAGCUGUGCAACAUCUAGAAGUCUUCUGAUAAAUAGUUUUUUAUAUAAUCAGCAAUCUUCUGUAUUGUUGCUUUUCUUUCAACUCACAAACUUAGUGAAGGAUCCGAGAGGCCAGAUAAGAAAACCUGAAUCCUGAAAAGCUGAUCAAGGCCAAACUGUAUGAACUAGAGAGUUACUGGCAUAGAUGUAGUCUUGUUUUUCUUGUUAAGUACAAAGCAAAUUAUGGCUCUAAACCCUACUUGAGGGUAUUGCAAGGGUUAAUGGGACUUCAAGCUUUUGUUGAAAAAAGUUUGGACACUUCUGAAUCAUGUUCAACAAUCAAACGCAUGUUCUGACUUUAACUUUACGACUUUUUGAAUUGGCAGGCAAGUACUGGCCAGAAUAACACAGUGAGUUUGGGCUGACACACUUCUGUGGUAGUAGAUUGCAUUUAGGUAAAGACUUGUUGAAAACAGGCCAAAAGACUGGGACUCACAAAAAUGUGGCAAAACAGUGUCCUCAUAUCACAUGCAGUGUGCAACCACCCAUCCGGUCUCAUGCUCACCUUUGUGCAGCAUCUGACUGUACAGCAGCUCUCUGUUGACAGUCAAAGGUCAGGAUCUGUUCACUGAAGCACGUGCUGCUUCGUGCCUCAGUGUGACUGACUCACUGAAACAUACUGAUUAGUAGACAGAUUUCAUUUUUCUCAUUUUUUCAAGAACUAGACUCUACAGUGUCUUGUUAAUCUUUCUGGGCUGUCUCUCCUUCAUAUUUAAUCUAAUAUAAAUAUUUUCAAUCUUUUAUCUGUUUAAUUUGAACGUCUCUUUGGUACCAUCAUAAUCAUCAGUUUUUGUGUUUAGAUGAGCUGCUGGGUGUCAUUGUCUUGUCACCUUUCCUCCCACAGAGACUAAAAGAUGACAGUGUCCUCCCUUUUUCGGCAUUCUUGACGGACAGCUUUGGUCGCAGGCACAGCUACCUGCGAAUUUCCCUGACUGAGAAAUGCAACCUGCGCUGUGAGUGGAUCUGUCCACUGUGCCAUAUUAGGGAUUAAAGUUCUUAUGAUCUUAAGUUUUGAUAACUUUUGUUUAGUUUUUGCUGGAGAGUGGAGGAGGCUUUUUCAUAUUAUUUAUGGGACAGAAAUAACUGUCUUUAAAAAAAAGGACAGAUUAAAGGAAGCUUUUCGACAAUGUGUACGGUGCUAGUAGAGAUUCUAAUAUUAGUUAAUGCCAACUGUUUACAUGCCUGGUUUAAUAUUUCUGCAACAUUUAAGCAUUACCUCUGAGUCUGGUUGCAAAAUUAUUCCUUUAAUGCUGAAGGUUUAAAAACCCACAAUACCCCUGCUCACAGAAUGACUUGUUUCUGUAAGGACUCUGUUAAAUUGCAGAUGAUGCGUUAUAGUGUGUUUUUAGCAUUUAUAUUACUCUCCAUUCUUCAGGUCAGUACUGUAUGCCUGAGGAGGGGGUGAAGCUGACACCUCGGGGCCAGCUGCUGUCUACUUCAGAGGUACUGACCCUUGCCCGCCUCUUCGUUCAAGAAGGCGUGGAGAAAAUCCGCCUCACUGGAGGAGAGCCGCUUAUCAGACCUGAUGUGGUGGAUAUCAUCGGUAAGAGGCAAAUGCAGACAUGAAGUUUUCAGGGAGUUUGAUAAGAUGCCUGAAGGUAACGUCCCAGAGGGUUUUGACUUCUUUAAAUCAUGGAUUUGACAUCCAUGGACACAAACAAUGAAUUCACCCCUGUGGUUUACAGAUCCUUUUACACAGAUAAGGGGCUUUGCACAUGGGUUUGCAAACUGUUCCCACAGAUUUACAUAGAGAUUGUUUUGUGUAUAGGGCAUCCAGGAGGAUUUGCAUUAAAUUAAACACAGUUUCAAUUCUACAUGUCAGUCUCAGGAGCUUUAAAUAAAAAAGCCUCUUACAAAUAAUACUGAGUUUUAUCAAAUCUUAAAACCUGUCAAGAAAAAAAAGUUUGUCAGUUUAGUCCAUGCAAAAGUUUUAACUGGCACAAAUAUAUGCACAAAAAUCUACAAUCAUUACAACUCCCUAUACAUGUAAAUGACAAAGAUGUUUAAGAAUCUAUAUUUUUAAAGCAAAAAUCUAGGACAUAGAGAGCUGUCCCAAUUAUUUGCCACUCUUAAAAGCAAGGAAUGGUAAGAAUAUACCUUGAGGUGGAUACACAGGAUCAGUGUUUGAUAUCAAGGGCUGUCACAUGACAUUUUUUUCUCUCUCCUGAUUGGACUCAAGCUUUUUUUGACAGUCAUGACAAGACAUCAUGAGAGAGGAGAUGAGCUAAUUUUUCAUACAUGAUUUUCCAUGCACGACCUCAAAUUGAGAAGUUAUCUCUUGGUUGAAUUGAUUGUUACACCACAUCUGUGUGCUCAGUUUCACAGUGCACUGUCAUAGAUUUCUACUUCACAGCCCAAAUCGUUGAAUAUGAUGCAGCUAAAGACCAAUGUAACCAAUAAAUGUAGCUAAGUGGUGCGACCAAUGGGUAAUAUCUUUGUAGUAGAUGGACCUUAGUCUGCCAACAGCUCCAUAAAGAUGAGUAGUUUGUGUCAUGUGACCACCUGAUCAGAGGGUACUGGAAGGAAGAGUUUACAUCAGGUGGAAACAGAAACCUCAGUUAUGAUCCGAUACUGAUUUUUGAAAGCAGAUUUGGGUGAGCAGAAUGAGAGCUCAAAGAAUGUGGGGAUCUGUCUCUUAAGCCAAAUGAUUUGAGCAGUAUAAUGAAGUUUUCAUAGUUUAGCUGUAGUUUCUUAAAAUGUACUUCAUCUAAGUUUACAUUUUAAUAAGGUAAGAAAAAUACAUAAACAAAUGUAAAAAUACAUUCAAAGAUAGACGAAGUGCAGAGAUUAUAAAUUGACAGUCCGGCAUCGAAACUUGGAAUCACAAUUUAAACAUUUGAAUGGUUCUGGGAGAGUUGGUUUGUUAGUCCCUGUUCCCAUUGUUGCUCAAGACUCAAUGCCCAACCCUAAACAGCAGUGAGCAAGGGGCUUAAGCCAACCCCAAUCAGCCAAACAAUCAGCAGAGUCCUGACCCAACUCAAAUCUGACCCAAACACAUGCACUGAAAUACACUACAUACAGUAGCUACGUAAGUAUCACCAUAAGAGUAAGAAUGUUUCAGACUCAGUCAAAAACUCCAUACUGUGCCUUUGAGUGCAGCAGCAGUUUUAUUUAUUUUUUUAUUUUUUUUUAUUUUUUACAUCCACAAAUUUUAUAUGUUUUGUUGCUUCCCAAGUAUAUCAGUCUGAUCGAAGCAGAUGCUUAGUGAUUGGCUCUUUUUGUUUGGAAAAAAAUCUCAAGUGAUUUCUUUGUUGUAAGAGCACACCAAUAAUAAAGUGUCUUUUAUAACACUGCUCAUAUGUUUCAGUUUGAACAGUGUUUUUCUGGAAAAUAAUGAAAAUGUAACAUGAUUAUUGUCCUUGUUUCUCCCUCUCUCUCCUCUCUGACUAUUCUUUACUUCCAUUUCCUCUCCACAGCUGAACUGAGGAAGUUGGGGGGCCUGAAAACCAUCGCGGUGACAACAAAUGGCAUGAACUUAGCCAAGCUUCUGCCCAAACUGAAAGAUGCUGGACUAGACCUCAUUAACAUCAGCCUGGAUUCACUUGUCCCUGCCAAAUUUGAGUUCAUUGUGAGGCGGAAAGGUACAGAAAAACUCUGUGGGUUCACAUCACGAGCCGAGUUUGAAAUCAUUCUGCCCAUGUACAUGUAUUCUUCACGUCCACAGGAGAGAUUGUUGCAUUUUUUUUCCAGGAGCUAAUUCAACAAGAUCAUUUUUUUGUCUAAUGUUGUUGCGUUGGCUUGUUUUUUUUUUAGUGCACUGUGUGGUUUAGAGCAGUGGAUCCAAAACUCUAUUUCCCCAAGGCAUACCAAAGGUCAAGUAAAAAUCUCAAGGCACACCUAUUGUGCAAAAUAGCCUUAAUAACACGUUAUCCCUCAUAACAUGUAACAUUUCUAUAAAUGUGCAUAAUUAUUUACUGAUGCCAAAUUAAAUGUGACAAAGACGACAAUAUUACCCAUGAAAUCUUUAUUCACGAAAUAUUUCUAAGAUUAGUUUUAAACUUUAUCAAAUUAGGCCUCAUCAAAGCAACAACACACUAAUUUAAACAAAAUUAAAAAUGAGGCAAAGGAAACCGAGAUGAAAAGAUGUUUUCAUUCCUGUCCUAAAGCUUGGCGUUUAACCCGUUGAGAUGCCCAAAUAUGCCUCCAAGGUAAGCCAGCCAGACGCACCACCUCUCAUCCACAAGUUUGUCCUUAUUAGUCCUUGAGCCAGACCAGAUGUCGGUACCACUUGGGUGGGCAAAACCUUACAUAUAUUAAUUUGUUUUUAGGGUCAAUAUAAGUAAAUUAAAAUAUGAUAGACUUUUCAUAGGGGUAGCUUUUUAUAUUUUUUCUCAUUUUGUUAUUUUCCUCAAUAGGCGAAUUUUUGUUAACUCCAAAAGCAACACAGAAAGUCAAAAGCACAUUAAAAGUCACACUCUUUUUGGGUCACACUGCUCUUUUCUAUAAAUGAAUCAAACCUGUGUCUAAUGUGUUGAUUAAUAAAUGAUGACCAAAGGGAGCUAUGUUAACAGACCCACUGUGACUCAGUGACAGUAUUAUGUACUAAGCCAAAACUUGACAGUCAUAUUUGCUGUCACUGUUUCUUAUGGAAAGAAUAGGACUUUGAAUAGGAAUUGGAGUUUUUCUCAGAUGAUUGUAUAGAGUGUAUACAUCAGUAGAUCUUAUUUUGUUGCUAAUGUCUUCUUGCCCUGCACCAGCCAGGAUGAUUGUAUAAUGAGUUCCUGCAUUUAAAAUAUGUCAGUGUCAUAUUAAAGUUGUGUUAUUAUAAUGCUAUUAGUCUGCAUUUACUUUACUUCUACUUCUAAGUAAAAAAAUAUCCUUAAUUUAGACCUUGAUUUAGACCUGACAAUUGGCUAAUUGAAGCUUAUACUGUAUAUACACACCUGUAUUAGAUAAAUUACUUGAAAUACUACUUAGGGGGUUAUUACAAGUCUCUAUGGCUAGCCAAUAGUUCAAACACACCUAAAUGAGAGGUUAAAAUGAAAGAAAGCUAAUUUUGAAGGAAGGCGAUUUUUCAUUUUUGAACAGCUGCACUCUAUUACUUCAAUGAGUGAUAACUACAAUAAAGCUACCAGUUACCAAGGUCUAUCAUAUAAAAACUUAUUGUAGGGAUGUAUAGCAAUAAAAAAAUCACAACUAGAAUUUGCCCACCCAGGUGGUACCGAUAUGUGAAAUUUUGGUUCUUGGCUCAAGGACUAUAUGUGAGACGGCAUGAAAAUUCUUAAAGCUCUUCCCAAAGCUCAUACUUUCCCCUGUGACAGCCACUGUACCUCUGAGUGCGUACAAAGUAAUGAUAUAGUAACGAUGUAUUAAAAAAUAUAUAUUUUUGUACAAUAAUAAUGUAUGGUUAUCACAAAAUCUCAAGGUACACCCGGACUUACCAAAGUGCCGCCGCACACCGUUGGGGAACCAAUGGUUUAGAGUGCUCUUGACUGACUCCUCACUAUUGCUGCGUCCGAACUGCCCGCUCGGAUACUACAUGCUACUGCUACGUGCUACUGCUAGAUCCUACUCCUACAUACUAAAAACGUUGGCCCAAUUCGGACACACUAGACGAGCGGUGGGGAAAGACGACCCCCGCAGGCAGAAAGUAGGUACUGCGCCCGUGCAGACAGUGGUAACUGAAGCCCCUCAUCUGCGGGCCUGGCUGUAGUACUGCAGCUGUGCAGUUUAAUGAUGGAAUAAGUGAGCUUUACCUCCAUGAUGUCGCCACAUAUUUGCUCAUAAAAUGAUUACUUGGGCAAAUAUGACACCAUGACAUGACAAAGAGAUGCAACCGCACAUUUUUUAGGACAGUGUGUGAAGUUACAUGAAACUUACAUCUGUACUGCUGCGGUCCCGCCUGCUGCUGCUGCUGCUCCGCCAUGGUGCGCGCUGCUGUGGCCAGCCGGCGUUCGCGACACUUUUAAAUAGGCAGAGCAGCUGGUGGCGCUAGCAUCACAUGCGCUUCUACAACUUUUAAGAGGACGAAGAAGAAGCCCGCGGUGCAUUUUGGGUCAGUAGCAUGCCCGUAGGAUGCACCGAGACCAACCUACAAUGUGGGCGUGUCUAGCAUCUGAAGUAGUAUCUGAAGUAGCAUGCUACUCGCUCCGGUGGCCAAUUCGGACAUGCUAGAUACUUCUUCGACUACUACUUCGACUACUACUUGGCAAUUCGGACGCAGCUUAUGUCUUCCUCAGCUUGAGAAACUCAUAAGCCUGAAAAGUCCUCCCAACAGAUUUUCGCAUUGAGAGCUUGUUUGAUAAAACUUCCAAAUUCUCAGAAUUUUAUCACUUGGUGUGACUCUUCAGACCACAAUCAGUCUUGUGGUGUGAAACGCUGUUACAAAUUGUCCUCCCAAGACAAGAUGGAUUUUUUUUUUUUAACCAAUAAAAAAACGCUGUGAUUUGUUUAAGUCUGUUAGUUUUUUUCUGUUAUGUGUUAGUGUAUUUUACAAGCAGCUGCUACAAGUUGUUUGAGUUUUUCUACUUAAAAAAACAAAACAAAAAAAACCUCUGCCUUCCUUCAGUUUCAUUUCGUUGCUACUGCUUAUACAUCACUGUGUAUGUAUACAGACACACUGGGCAUGCUCAGAAAGAAAACAGCAUUAAGACAAUCAGAGUGACUGUAAACACGAUGCCAGUCUGAGUGAAGAUUCCUAUGCUCACCUGAUAGCAUCACCUGGACAGAGUUUCAUCAUCUCAAGAAAGGAUAUCUCAGUUUCCCUACAUGAAAGGACAAUUGAUGCAGCUGUGUCAGUGUGUGAGUCACCUGUAACUCGUGUUUGAAGUUUGAUCUUUGUGUUUCAGGGUUUCACAAGGUGAUGGAGGGUAUUGAUAGGGCUGUCCAAAUGGGCUACAACCCGGUCAAGGUAAAUCUUUUUAUCCUUUUUGAAGCCCCUGUGUGGAGUUUUUAAGGGGGUUUUUACACUUGGUCCCUUUUUAAAAGAACCAUACUCAGUCCUCUGUUAGUGGAUCAAAAGCAAAUAAGGAACAUUUUGAGUUUCUUUCAAGGAGGAUUGGGUUCUCUUUCUGGUCCAGUUUAGUUUUGAUGUGGCCUCAGUUCUCUUUCUGUUCACACUAAGUCCUCUGGAGUAUUUUAUCAUGAGUGAUGAGGUACUUCUGUCUUUGUUUUUUGUUUUUUUUUUAACUUUAACUUUAAACUCUUAAACUACAGAUAUUUAAACGUAACCUGCUGCUUUCAUCCUUGAAGGCGUUAAUUUUUUUAAACCUCCAUCCAGCCUUGUUUGUCGUCAAAAGAGACAUGCAGAUAAGUGUUCAUAAAAUAAUCAAUAAUAUAAUAAAGCAUAAUAAAAUAAUAAAGAAUAUAUGGUAAAUUCAUUUGCUCAUGGUAAAUUGAUUUAAUGUACAGGCAUAAAAGUAUCAGAAGAUAUAUGUAAAUAUAUAUAUAUAAGAUAUAUGUACGACCACGAUUACGCAUGCACACACACACACACACACAUAUAUCUAUGUAUAUAUAUUUAUAUUUAUAUAUAUAUAUAUAUAUAUAUAUAUAUAGCAUAUCUGAGAUAUAUUCUCACGUUAUGGUCUGAAGGACCUGUGCAUCCUUAUGCAUGUCCAUCCACUUGCUCUGAAGUAAGGUUUGAGUUGAAAAAAAAAGUCCCCCUCUCUUUGUCCCAGACUGCAGAGCUUGGAUGUCACAUUUUCGACUGUUAAAACUCCCGGUUAUAAACAUAUACGCAGAUUUGCACCAUUGCACACAUGUAGGGGCAUAAAAAUUAUUCCCUACACAUGUGGCCCACUCUAAGACAUCCAUUUUUAGUGGCAUGUAUUGUUUCAUUAAAUUCUGAUGAUGUUCAGUGGGUGACAUAGCACUUCAAACACUAAGUCUAUAGAUGAAAAACUGAGGGCACAGCACCAAAGGGAUUAAUACUGUGUGUUGGCACAAUCUGUUGUGUCACUGUAGGAAAGUAAAAUCUAGAGCCGUGGGUUUUUGGGUACCAAUGAUCCCAGGAGCUCAGUUGCUGGAGGCUUUAUACCCCUGUUAGGGUCAUCAGAGCCUAACAGUGGGAGGGACAGACAAAGUAACUCAAAAAGGCCCUAUAUGAUGAAUUCAAUAAAUUGUAAACAUUUCACUUCGCUGGAAGUGGGUCACCUGACUGGUUUUUCCGCAGGUGAACUGUGUGGUCAUGAGAGGCCUGAAUGAGGACGAACUGCUGGACUUUGUGGCUCUGACGGAGCAGAAACCUCUGGAGGUACGCUUCAUCGAAUACAUGCCCUUUGAUGGUGAGUGUUCACUUCCCUGUGUGUCUUAUCACACAGGUUUAGUUAAGACAGCCCUAUCAUAGUAAUUAGCUCACUAUUUUUUUAGAUAAUGAGAUGAAAUUUAAUAGGAAAACCAGCUUGUUAGACUAAAGAAUAAAGAUAAAGAAACAAGUAAAUAGAAAGCAUGGCUGCAUGUCUACCCAAGGCUUUCAGAUGUAACUAUAAUGUACCAAUCCUCACCACUUUGGACCCCCACAAAGACAUCUUUUCCCCCUGCAGGCAACAAGUGGAACUUUAAGAAGAUGGUGAGCUAUCAGGAGAUGCUGGACCGUAUCAGGCAGCAGUGGCCUGACCUCCAAAUGCUCCAAACAGGUCACACAGACACAGCCAAGGUCAGUGUUCCUCCCUGCAAUUAAUAACUGUAGUAUCAAUACAGAUCCAACUUUUAAUUUUAACGGGUUAAAUUAGAAUCUGAACAGCUACAAAUGAUCCUGACAAGCAUGCUUUAUUUGGAACAACUUCAAGACAUAAUUAAGUUUUACUCUACAUAGAUUUUAUUCUGACAUUGCUUUUUUAAAACAGUGAGGUGAUGUAUCUCCAGAGUUACGACAAAGAAAGGCUGAACACAGUUAUAACCGUCACGCCAACAAAGCAUAUGCUGAACAUUUCUGUGAAAUCUUACUCUUGACCUGCUACACAUCUGGUGUGAGAUCCAAACCCAGUCAUUCAUAUUAACAACAUUUUAUCUUUGACCUGAAACAGACAUUCAAAGUGCCAGGCUUCAAGGGCCAGAUCGGUUUCAUAACCUCUAUGUCAGAUCAUUUCUGUGGUUCCUGUAACCGCCUACGCAUCACAGCAGAUGGUAACCUCAAGGUAAAGCUACAUUUGUUGUACUUGAAGCGCUACAGUUGGUGAGGGUAUUGCCAAUGUGCUCCUCAGAUUGUCCUAGUCCCCGAAUGGAAAAUUCUGACUUUGGUGUCAAAAGAAAAAAAAGUGUGUGUGUCUGCUGGUUUCCCUAGUGUGUGUGUGUGUGUGUGUGUGUGUGUGUGUGUGUGGGGGGGGGGGGGGGGGUGUAUGUUUGAGGUGCUCUGUGGAAAAACUUCGAUGCGUUUCGGCAUCAUCAUUUUGUGCAUCAGGCCUUCAUCAGGCAGUUGUAAAGAGGUUGAAGUUUGCUUUUAAGGUCUAAAUGACUGUGCUGUUUCAAUCAAGGCAUUUUAUUAGAAUGAAAAGAGUGCCCUUGACUUUGGUGUGUUCACAUGUUCUGACUUCACCCAUUUCAAGUCUCCUCUUUCCUUCUGGUCCUCUUCCAGGUGUGUUUAUUCGGUAACUCUGAGGUGUCCCUGAGAGAUGUCCUGCGCUCAGGAUCAUCAGACGAAGAGCUUCUUCAAAUCAUUGGAGCAGCAGUGGGCAGGAAGAAGAAACAACAUGCAGGUAGGUAGAGUUGCGUACUGAGAACCUGUUCCUAUUUGGAACUUUAAGUCUUUACUUCGGUUCCAAGUGCCAAGUAUUUUGCUUUCGGGAAGUGUAUAUCUCUGCUCAGCAUUCUCUGUGCAUUGCGUUUAUAAACAAUAUAUUCAUUUAUCUAGAGCAUUUCUUCUCAACAAAAUUGAGACAAUGCAGACAAUGCAGACUGGAAGACAAUGCAUGCGUGCGUCGAGUCACUGGCUUUACUUAGAACUGAGCUGAGGGGCAGAGCAGCAGAGAGCAUUGAUGAGCUGCACUGUUUUAUAAUGAAGUCAUACUCGUUCUGGGGUUCAGUGUGGAACUUUGCCUCUCAGAGUGUGUUUCCAAAUGAACCAUUGAACAUGUAUGGUAAAUUCAAUGGUCUGUAAUGCAAAGAUAAAGUAUAUGCUAAGCAAACUCAAAAAUAUGGAAGCCCGUUUCCGCUAAUGAAAAAAAAGGGCUUCCACACAAAACCCCAAACACUUAAAGUAUUUUAUAAACUCCCCCCAGACAGGCCGUACAGCCCCCCAAAAGAGGGCAUGUCCAGGUCAAAGAGGACGUAAGGUCACCCUAUUAAACACCUCCAGAUUUCUGUAGUUAAAAUAACUGAGUGCCCCAUCUUUGACGCGCUGUGCCUCUAACCACUCAGAAUCAGAUAAGUAAAACAAUUACGUCUGUUCUCUGCCAACUUGGAAGCUGUAAAUGUAUUGUAGAGAAUAUGGUGUGUCAACUUAAUUAUCCAACUAACGUUAGUCCGUGUUCUUUUUCAUAGCCAAACGUCCUGACAACAAAGAUUGAUAUUUAUAUACUGGUUGAAAAUAGCCCUGAGGAAUUUAUAGUUAAGUUCAUAAAAAGUUCAUAUAAAAAAUUCACGGAGAGGUGCAGACAUUUCACCCAAAAAAAACUCUGGUAAGCGCCCUCACUUUUUUAAUCCUGCUUUUUAGAAGAAUGGAAAUAGAGAAUUGUCAGGAACCAGAACUGAAAGAAGGAAUCUGAACCGGAAUCGUUCAAAUUUAAAUGAUGCCCAACCCUAAAGGUAGGGUUGUGUUCAGACACACUGGGGUGGGGAUAUGCUGCAUUCCAGUUGUACUCGAAAGUCAGGAUUUCCGAACUGUGAGUCGGAAAUUUAUCUGGAAGGCCCCCCUGAAGUCAGACUUCUGACUCGGAAAGUCGAACGAUCCUCACCAACCCUGACUUGACGAUAACGUCAUAAUCAAAGAUGGCAGCGCAGUGCAUCAACAGUAAAGAGUAACAGUAAAAGCUCUCCUAAUGUAGUAUUCAUUUGCAAAAGUAAAUUACUGUGUUAUAUGUUGUUUACAACUGGUAUAGCUAACAACAACUAACAACCGUUGACAGUGGCUAACAACAACUAACAAUUGUUGACAACAGCUAACGACAGCUAACAUUAGGUGUCCAUCUUGGUUUUCUGACUUGUUUACUGGAACGCUGUUAACUCGGGUGUAGCGUCAUUCCCAGCUCCGAAAUCUGACUUCCGAGGUAACUGGAACGCAGCAAUAAUCAUUUGUAAGAAUAUGACUGUCUGUCUGUGUGUGUUCAGGGAUGUUCAGCAUCUCUCAGAUGAAGAACCGGCCUAUGAUCCUUAUUGGUGGGUGACACAGCUGUACGUACAAAUUUCUCACACUCAUAUUACUCCUACUGUAUGCGCAGCACAUUUAUACUAAGUAUAACAAAUUUUGUGAGAAGAGUUUCGACAUUGUAUCAAAUGUUGAUACAUGAGAGUUAGAUGGUUUGCAAAUUUUUUCACACACCUGUAUUUAGUUCAAAAUAGCUUUAUUCUUGAAGGAAAACAUCUUCUCAUUUUAACUUAAACCUAGAGGAACAUCAUUUAACUAAGAGUAGAGAUCCCAACUCUGUAAGAGACUGCAGGAGUGAAUAGUUUACCAUUUUACAAACCUGCUCCUCAGAGUAAGACUGCAGAGAAUUUUAGUUUUAACAUCCCCAGUUUAAAAUCUCAUUAAAAUAUUCAUUGAAUUUUCUGUACUGAUGGCAGCAAACCAGUGUUGAAUAGUCAAAUACCUUCAUCUGUGAAUACAGUUUGUUACUGCAAAUGCAAAUGUCUUAACUGUACCAUGCAAAGAUGAAAAUGAAGCUCAGCGUUAGUUCAUGCAAGACACAGAAGUGUCACUCUCGUGAAAAACAGUCAUGUGGUGCACAGUGUCCAAACUCUGUUGAUAGAGUUAGGGUUGUUCAUUUUAACCAAUGUCAAUACAAACAUUAAUGGUUGCAAGAGUUCCUUUGUGUAGCUUUCAUCCAAAUAUUGUUGUUGGUUAGUCCUUUAUUCUCCAUUUUCCAACAGGUACACCAUCCCAAACAUCCGUGUUAUGGCUCAGCCAGAAAGAUUUUUUCAUUGUUACCCAGCUGACUAACAACACCUUCAUCUCUGCAGAAUCAGCUCCUGACAUGAGCCAUUUGGGCAGCAGGAGAGUCCUGAAGAGAGAGGAGGGAUCUUUGUGCCUUCCAGACUGCACUGCUUCAGCCCGGGCAGCCUGUGUCAGCCUAUACACCGCUGUAAUAAGUGGGGGUAUCCAAACCAUGUCACACAUUUACACACAAGAGAACCUUAGAGUGGAACUUUCUCCCACUUCUGAAGUCGUUAAUGGUCUCAAUUUCACUAAGACUGCUCCUUUUAAUUCUUGUACAAACAGCAGAAGUGUCUUAAAUGAAGACUGUCUCAGGUUUGCACCAGCCAGGAGUCCCAACAGUCUGAAGGGUGCCUUACCAGGGACCUUAGGAACACAGAUGUUUUGCACACUACGAAUGAAUGUCAAGAGAACUGUUGAACACACUAAUAUAAGAUUGUGCCAUUGCAGGAGCUCCAGUGCAGAUCUGAGACAAUGUAAGAUUGUUGGGAUUGGGUUAGGGUCAGACACCAACCAGAAUGAAACCACUGAAGCACAUCUGACGCACACAGACGAGCAUGGCAAGGCCACCAUGGUGGAUGUCGGGGGGAAAGUUCCCACGCGACGAACAGCCACGGCGAGUGCUACCGUCAUCUUAGGCUCCACUGCCUUCCGCCUGCUCCGAGACAACCAGCUUGCUAAAGGUGACGCCCUGGCUGUGGCACGGUUGUCUGGCAUCAUGGCUUCAAAGCAAACCUCAGCCCUCAUCCCGCUCUGUCACUCUCUCCCUUUGGACCAUGCCUCUGUCAUCUUUGACCUGGAUGAGGUGCAGGACGCUGUGGUCAUCACAGCGACAUGUCGCACUGAAGGCAGGACGGGGGUGGAGAUGGAGGCUUUGACAGCAGUUUCUGUGGCAGGACUGACCAUUUAUGACAUGUGCAAGGCUGUGAGUCAUAAUAUCAUCAUCACAGAUAUCAAGCUGGUCAGUAAGACAGGCGGAAAGAGAGACUUUGAUCGCCAUAUUUGACUUUCACCUCGCCAUAACAACCUCAGCAAGAAAAGGAAGACUGAUAGACCUGGAGUGAACAUAAAGGAUGCUCCAUUUUGACCUCAUUUAUUAUAUAUUUAUACUAAUAAUUUCAGAUCAAGCUGUCUACUUUUACCCAUUUUAUAUGAAUCCUCUGAUCAAACCAGUAUUUGUGUAGACUGUGAAUUCACUGUCUUCUCCUGUGUGUGAUUGGGGUCGUAUGGGGCGCCUACCUUUAAUCUGCCAUCUCCUUCGACAUUACAUGCACUGCGGCAGAGACCACAACUAUGAGGUCAUGGGCAGCCCUGAUUCACAUGAAUGUUGAACAUAAGUUAGCUUAGGUACCAAGUGUUAACAGAAGAAUGAGCGAUGGGGAGAGGAUGGCUUUACACACCACUUCUUAACUGAGUUGUAUUGCUGUUGUAAGCACUCUACAUGUCUGUCAGUUGACCUUUUUUUUUUUUUUUGGGUAUAAUUACACUACCGUUCAAAAGUUUGGGGUCACCCAAACAAUUUUGUGUUUUCCAUGAAAAGUCACACUUAUUCACCACCAUAUGUUGUGAAAUGAAUAGAAAAUAGAGUCAAGACAUUGACAAGGUUAGAAAUAAUGAUUUGGAUUUGAAAUAAGAUUUUUUUUUACAUCAAACUUUGCUUUCAUCAAAGAAUCCUCCAUUUGCAGCAAUUACAGCAUUGCAGACCUUUGCCUCAACAAAUUAACAGCUAGAAUGCCAAUCUGGAGAAAUUGCACCCCACGCUUCCAGAAGCAGCUCCCACAAGUUGGAUUGGUUGGAUGGGCACUUCUUGCGUACCAUACUGUCAAGCUGCUCCCACAACAGCUCAAUGGGGUUCAGAUCUGGUGACUGCGCUGGCCACUCCAUUACCGAUAGAAUACCAGCUGCCUGCUUCUGCUCUAAAUAGUUCUUGCACAAUUUGGAGGUGUGUUUAGGGUCAUUGUCCUGUUGUAGGAUGAAAUUGGCUCCAAUCAAGCGCUGUCCACUGGGUAUGGCAUGGCGUUGCAAAAUGGAGUGAUAGCCUUCCUUAUUCAGAAUCCCUUUUACCCUGUACAAAUCUCCCAUCUUACCAGCACCAAAGCAACCCCGGACCAUCACAUUACCUCCACCAUGCUUAACAGAUGGCGUCAGGCAUUCUUCCAGCAUCUUUAGGGCCCGAGCCAGCUGCAACGCAGCCGGGCGUAGAGCCCUAUUAUUCCUGUAUCGUUCUUCUUUCUUCUUUCUUUCUUCUUAUUUUUCCUCCCCUUUGAACUGGAAAAUGGCCCACUUCCCACGGGCGAAAACUCAUGAAAUUUGGCAGGACGACCAGGCCUCGUGAAAAAUUUGAUAUUCUGAAGUCGCCCAGACAAUAAAAUGCAAAAUGGCUCCAUAGCGCCCCCUAAGUUGAAAAUUCACACAAUUGAGUGUCACCCCUGUACGCUAUGUCAUAUUGACACAAAAAUUGACACACGCGUGUAUCUCAAUAAGGUCUACGAAAAAGUCAGUGCGGGCGUAUCUGUCAAAUUUACGGUUAAAGGGCUAUUUCGCAUUUUUUGCCGAUCUGCACACAUUGGAAUGUGGCUAACUCCUCCAAAGGCUUUCGUACCACCGGCACCAAAUUUGCUCAGGCCAAUCUACACCCCAUGGCCAUUAAAAGUUACACAAAUCAUGACGCUGCCCCCCACGGUUUACGUUCUAGGGGGCGCCAAAGAUAACCCAAAAAUCCACAUUCUUAAAAGUCUUAUAACUUUUUAUUUUUGUCCUCACCGGCCUCCAAGUUUUCUAGGAUGAUGCAAUGUCCAGCCAUCAACACAUUUGUGAAGGAAUUUUUACUCCCCAAAAGAGCGCCCCCCCCAUGGCAGGAGAAAAAAGGCAAUUUUUUCUUGUCCCCUAAGGUGAAAAUACACAUUGUUGAGUGUCACGCCUGUACGCUUUGUCAUAUUGACACAAAAUUUGACACACACGUGUAUCUCAAUAAGAUCUACGAAAAAGUCAAUGCGGGCGUAUCUGUCAAAUGUACUGUUAAAGGGCUAUUUCGCAUUUUUUGCCGAUUCACGCACAUUGGAAUGUGGCUAAUUCCUCCUUAAGCUUUCGUCUCAUCGGCACCAAAUUUGAUCAGGCCAAUCUACACCCCAUGGCCAUUAAAAGUUGUAAAAAUCAUCUUGCUGCACCCCAUGGUUUACGUUCUAGGGGGCGCCAAAGAUACCCCAAAAAUCCACAUUCUGAAAAGUCGUUUUGGCCACUGAGUGGCGCCAAAGGGAGUUGUCUAUUAAAUCUGAUGCUACAGAAAAAGUUAAAAGGCUUAAAUUUUUGCUAUAUUAGUGACUUUAUGUCUUAAAUGGGCUCUUAAAUGGUUAAAAAAUAUUUUCAAUGAAACAUUUGCUAGUUUUGAACAGGGAAGAAGUAAAAUAAGAGAUGUACAAAAGAAAAAUCUGGAAAAAAUAUUAAUCCAAUUUGAUUUUACAGCGGACAAAGUAGUUUUGGCCACUGAGUUGCGCCAAAGGGAGUUGUCUAUUAACAGCAGACAAAAUAGUUAUGGCCACUGAGGGGUGCCAAAGGGAGUUGUCUAUUAAUUCUGAUGCUACAGAAAAAGUGAAAAGGCAUCAAAGUCAAUCAUAUUACUAAUCUCUCACAUAUUCAAGACUUUGAUGCCCUGCAAGAUAUAACCAGUUUUUAUAAUGUUUGAUUAAAAAAUUGGUCAUUUUCCUUACCCCCCAUGGCAGGAGAAAAAGUCAAGUUUUUCCUGCCCAUCGCUCAAUGGCUCAAACGCAUCGCUCUCUCAGGAAAACCAAAAGGAGGAGCAACUUCCCAUUUGGAUAUAUCCUAGCUGUGUUUGUGCCCUCACUCAUGGUCCAGACUUAUUUCAAAAAGGACAUGAAGUUUGUCUGCAGCGAGCGUUUUGGUAGAGACUGCGCCUCCCAUUCAUUAUAAUGGUAAAUGACCACAGACAAGUGCGCACACCAUCUUUGGACCUUGAGUGUGACGUGAUCAGGAGGGGGGGGGGCGGUCGCGCUGGGGGCGGCGCGACACGGCUCAGGCCCGCCAGUGCCCCAACGGGGCCCUAGUUUCAUUUGUUCUGUGUCUCACAAACGUUCUUCUUUGUGAUCCAAACACCUCAAACUUGGAUUCAUCCGUCCACAACACUUUUUUCCAGUCUUCAUCUGUCCAAUGUCUGUGUUCUUUUGCCCAUCUUAAUCUUUUUCUUUUAUUGGCCAGUCUCAGAUAUGGCUUUUUCUUUGCCACUCUACCCUGAAGCCCAGAAUCCCGCAGCCGCCUCUUCACUGUAGAUGUUGACACUGGUGUUUUGCGGGUACUAUUUAAUAAAGAUGCCAGUUGGGGACCUGUGAGGCGUCUGUUUCUCAAACUAGAGACUCUAAUGUACUUAUCUUCUUGCUCAGUUGUGCAACGCGGCCUCCCACUUCUUUUUCUACUCUGGUUAGAGCCUGCUUGUGCUGUCCUCUGAAGGGAGUAGUACACACCGUUGUAGGAAAUCUUCAAUUUCUUAGCAAUUUCUCGCAUGGAAUAGCCUUCAUUUCUAAGAACAAGAAUAGACUGUCGAGUUUCAGAUGAAAGUUCUCUUUUUCUGGCCAUUUUGAGCGUUUAAUUGACCCCACAAAUGUGAUGCUCCAGAAACUCAAUCUGCCCAAAGGAAGGUCAGUUUAGUAGCUUCUGUAACGAGCUAAACUGUUUUCAGAUGUGUGAACAUGAUUGCACAAGGGUUUUCUAAUCAUCAAUUAGCCUUCUGAGCCAAUGAGCAAACACAUUGUACCAUUAGAACACUGGAGUGAUAGUUGCUUGAAAUGGGCCUCUAUACACCUAUGUAGAUAUUGCACCAAAAACCAGACAUUUGCAGCUAGAAUAGUCAUUUACCACAUUAGCAAUGUAUAGAGUGUAUUUCUUUAAAGUUAAGACUAGUUUAAAGUUAUCUUCAUUGAAAAGUACAGUGCUUUUCCUUCAAAAAUAAGGACAUUUCAAUGUGACCCCAAACUUUUGAACGGUAGUGUAUAUCUUUCCUUACAGCUGAUUUUUACAGUGACCCGAAAUGAAUCUAGUUGGUGAGUUUUCAAUGUUCAGCCUUUAAUUUUAACUAUAUGAUGAACUGCUAACAGCACAUUUGUAGUAACAGUAUUUGAUGCCUAUGACAUCACAUGAUGUUUGCUGUUGUCAGCCUGAUUAUACCCAGCCUGUGUCUGUGAGUGCAGCUCAUUGAUAAGGGUAAUGUCGCACACCUGUGCUUAGAGCUCCUGCAGUCACACAUUCAGGCCUUGUCCACACAUGGCCAGGUAUUUGCUAAAACAAAUAUAUUUUUUAUAUGUUUCAGUUCGACAACCAUACUACUAAUACUAAUACUGAAGACUCGUUUGUGUGUGGACAUAAAUGACCGGAGUUUUAAAUUCCCAAACGUCAUUGUCUGUGACAACUAAUAAAUAAAUGUAUAUGUUAUACUAUGCGCCCUUGUUUUUGUCAGGCAGUGGACGGCUUAGAGGGUGUUGAAUAUUGGUUUAUAGAAAUACCCAGCUACGUGUGUACAAGGCCUCAUUCUCUCUGACCUGGCCGCUGCAGGUAUACCGCACUUUGGGUUGUUAUGUUAGAUUAGGUUGAGUUCCAGUUAUGUUUGCAUUUUACAACAUUUACACACCGUAUCUUCACUCAUGCAUAUCCCACACUACUUACUCAACUGACUUACACACUUUAUGUUGUAAAUAUUUAAUUUUGUCUUUAUUCGAAAUAACAUUAAAGGUGGGGUAGGCAGGAUCUGAGGAAGUGCCAGUUUUGUAGAGAAAUCUUGAAUAUAAACACUACCUCUCCCAACCAGGUUUCCCCUCAGCUCCUCCUCUCCCCCCCCCUCUCUGCUCCAGCAAGCCCCACCCACAAACAGACGUUCCUGCUCACUCGUAUCGUUCCAAUAAAAUUCAGAUAUAGUACAGAUAAAUACUUCUGAUAAUUACAAAUGGGGCCCAGUCAACAUGAAAGUUAAAAGUAUUGGUGCUACUGUAGAUGCCAACAGACUACCAGCAAACGCCAUGUUUGCAGGACUUCUAAAACUAGCAUAAAAUUACAUACUCCAGGACCCAAGGUCAACAGUUUAGCAGUGCUACAACACGCAGCAGGUCCCGUUUGACAAGACACUUGGUUUACUUUGUUAAAGUGGUUUACCUUUCCAGCAGAAAGGUUACAGGGUCUGUUGGAUCCCAAAGCAUCUCCCAUCAUUUAUGCUGAUGUUGACCCGGCUUCUAAGCUCUUGCUCAGUCUACCUCUGUUUUAAGCGCCUGUUAUUCCACCAGAGUCGCCAGUAUUUACUUCAUUUUUUUGCUUGUGUUUGCAGUCAUGGCCAAAGAAGGAUUCAGACAAUUUUACAUACUUUCUGGUUGGUUUCUACUGUCCGAUGUUGUAGCAUGCUAACUUUUUUGGGGGCGCAUUAACAUUAUUUGAGGAGGUGGAGCAUGCUUCACAAGACAAGGGAGCAGCAUCUGCCUUACAACCAAUCAGCACAAGGGAGCAGGAUCCGCCUCACAACCAAUCAGGUCGGGGAGGUGGAGAACGGCAUUGUUUACAUUCAGAAAGAGCGGGCCGCUCAAAAAUGUUAAAAUGUUGACUACACAGGCAUACAAGAACACAGUGAUAUCAUUACAUUCCCAAAUGUCAUCAAUAACUAAUAGCUAUUGACUGAUAUUAAAAGCUUUUUAUCUAUAUAAACUGCAAAAAAGAUGCUUCUUUAACAGAAUCCUGCGCCCCCCACCUUUAAGUAAUUUGCGUGUGAUUCUGUGAUUUGGGUUGUAUGGAGCACCUCCCUUUCAUCUGCCAUCUCCUCCAACAUGACAUGCAUAAUGAGCGCUGGGGAGAGAAUGGCUUUACACACUUAAUGUUACUUCUUGUUUGAAGUAACAUUAAGUAAUUUGGUUUAAUUUGGCUUAAUUUGUAACAAAUAAAAACUUUAAAAACUUUUCCAUGGUGUUGUCUCCCUUUAUUGUUGUAACCACUUGAGCCAGGUCAUGACAGGUCACUGAUAACCUAAUAUUUUCUCUGAAAGUCUUUUGAUUCUUGACCAUAGACUGUAUAUACUCUGGACAACUUGGUUCCGCCUACCACCCGUAUACGGAUUUGAAGCCAAAUAGCUCUCUGUAUUUCCGGGAUUUUUCUUCAUUUCCUGAAACCAGCGCUGCGCAGUAGCGAUGCGCGCAUCGCGGCCACGCAGCCGCCAAGAGUCGCUGUGAGGACACUCGGCUCAAACAGCGUGUCCCCUGGGAGAGCUACGCAAUCCCUGAACGCCCACAGGCUGUAUCAGGUGUCAAUCAUAGAAAACAUUAACCCCCUAAUAACUUUUAAAAAUGGAGCUUCACAGAAAAAGAGGACGAGCACAAACCAGUCUUACUAUAACUACAUGUCAACAUCACAACCAGGGGGGAGAAAAGUUUAUGUUCUGUGUAAUAAAUUUCUAAAAUUUGUCCUCAGCCCCAUAAGCUUUGCUGGCGGAGGCAGGAUUUAUGACCUAUACUGCAGCCCGUCAACAGAGGGUGCUGUUCUCAGAGUGGCUUCACCCAGCAAGGAGGCAGACGGCGUCCAUUCUAUAUACAGUCUAUGUUUUUGACAUGAUGUGAAAUGUCAACUUGUUCAACAAUAGCAGAAUGUGUUAGGCAAUCACAGCCUGGUGUUGUAUGACUGAAAGUAGGCUGAUUCCUGUGCUGCACCAGAGACCAGUGUGUCUGGCUACUUGUAUACCUGCAGAGAAGUAGCUAAGGUUUGAAUAUCAUUUAUUUUUCUCUUUGGGGUGAACUGAUGUCAAUGAAAAUGCUGUAUUGUUUUCAAAUUCUCCCUGACACAAUUGCAAUAAAAUGUCAUUUCAUUAAAAAA